AUGUUCGACGGGCUCGUGUUCUUUAUCCGCUUCAUACCCCAGAGUGACCUCAAGCCGGUACCGACCGCGGACGAUGGUCGCGCGAGGCGUCCGCUCCCUACGGACAACGAAUCGAUCGACACGAUUCUGUCCGCGCAGCGCUUGAUGCCGACCUGGCGGGCGUACGUGAGGGAUACCACCACGUGGGAUGAGACGGCGGAGGAAAACACCCGGAAGUUUCUCACUACUGUCGGUGUUGAAGACUCGCCGGCUGGGCUGGAGCAGGAUGUUUAG